GUCUAAAAAGGUCACGUCUCCGUCCACGGUCGAAAGUCGAGACCCGGCUUGGAAUUUGUAUCACUCUAACUUCUGCUCUCACUCAAGUCUCGUUUCUUGUCAUCAAUACCUCUGGAGGUGAAAGUCGGUAGUAUCAAUUGAAGAACAGUGCGCGCAAGUUUGCUAAGAAUUGGGAGCUGCUUGGAGAACAUUACUUCUACGGUCGACGUGUAUCCAUUGAAUCUCUAGAGCAUGCUAUACCCAUGCAAACAAUGUUCCCUUCGACUUCACCUUCAAUACCUUCCGCAGGCAAACGAUUUGAUUCACUCAAUGCCACUCAACGACGAGCUCCAACAAACAACGUUCUGUCUAAAUCUAGACCAGUCAAUGAAUUUGGCAGGAAUAACGCUCAGGGCUCUACGAGAAAAGUCUUUAUAGCAAAAGAUGAAGGAUUCUUCAUGUCAGUCGAGGACGAGUUACACGACUUGCGGAGAGUUCACACUCACGGACAAGAGGACGAUCUGCGGAUGGCGUUGGAUAGGUGUAUGGGUAGAGUUGGAGAGCUGGUCGGUUUGUUAGCAGCAGCUUAUUCGGCUUUAACCGACGUAAGAGUCGAAUUGGACGUGACGAGGUCGAAUUUGCAGAUGAUUACGGCGAAUAAUGAUAUGCUGGAGGAUGCUUUGAAGAGUAUGAGCAAUAAACAUGGGACUGAUCCUCGCGACGUAGGCAGUGUCGGAUGGCGCCGAUCCGGUCCAAACCCCAACUCCACCGCGGUAACGCCUUCUUCAUCCUCUACCCAUAUCAACACUAUCUCCAACGAUCUAACUCGACCUAUGAACGGUGAAGCUCCAAUUCCAGGAACCUCACCACCGUCUUCACCUCCUCUUCCUGCGUCCGAAAGUACUACUCAACCAAUGGCGAUACCUCCUGCUCCUACUCCCCAGCCAGCUCCUGCACCCCAAGAAUCACGGUUUUUCAAAUUCAGAUUCAACUCCACCUCGUCUUCCUCAACGAAUAGCCGUCCACAAACUCCUAUCGUUGGAAAUGAUACUGCGAGUCCGACGAUAGGAAAUCUCACGGGACGACACCGUACCGAAUCGUCCUCGAGCGUUUCGCUAUUGGCCGGUGGAGGCAGUAUUGCUUCAGGACCAGACGACGUUGCCAAUGCCAAUAGUUUCGACGAUUUACGACGAGAUAUUGAAGCUUUGAAAACUCAAAUGGCAAGGGAUAAGGCUGAGUUAGAAAAACUGAAGGCCAAGCUGGACGUAGAGAAAACGAGGAGGGAGAAAGAAGAGGAGAAAGUGGGGAAAGCAAAGAAGGAGAAGGAGGAGUUAGAGGCCGAAUUGGAGAGCUUAAGUCAGGCAUUAUUCGAGGAGGCAAACAACAUGGUCGCAACUGAACGCAAACUUCGCGCUGAAACUGAAUCGAAGCUCCAGCGACAGCAGCAAGAUCUUAAGGAAGAGUUGAGAGAAGCACGAGCACAAAGGGAGGCCCUCCGGAGCGCGUUACAGGUAGUCGAGAGCGAAAUGGAUGUGUUGAGGAUGGGAUUAGGUGGUCGUGACUUGGAUGGAGGUACUGCUAACGUUGACCCUGUUCUACGUCGGAAUGUUAUUCAACCAUUGGAAAUACCGGAGCCAGACGAGUCUAGCGAUGAAGGAUACUUACCAGAGUCGGAAUACAGUGCCUUACCCCAGACAGCGUCCACGAUGUCCAUCCUAUCUGCAAUGUCAUCGAUGUCUGCUGUGCAUGGGAUGCCUGGAAUUCCUUCGCAGUCAGAAUCUGAAGCACCGCCGGAGCCGUCGUUCACGGUUCCGCAUGCCAACAACCACUCGGAGAGUCAUUCAGAAGAAACUCAUCCACAUCCUCAAUCACGCUCACGCUCGUCUUCUCAACGUGGCAUCAAAUCCCCGCCGUCAUCGAGACCUGGGUCGAGGACGUCAAGACGUUCAGGAUACUCAGACUUCGCAGGAUAUUCGAGGCCGAACUCGGUCGUUGUACCUUUUCAAAAUGACGGUGGGACGGAGGGAUAUCCCUCUUAUGGGGAUUUGUCACAAGUAAAGGAGUCGCCUCCUGCUCCCUCCACAUCAGGAUCGGUACCAACUCCCGCAACGCCAACAGUGAAACGGAACGAACCAAAUCAAUUUUCACGCUCUUCCUCCUCACAUCUAGAUCAGCUGGCGCACGGUCUCCCGAAUUCGAAUUUAUUUACGAACAAGUUACAAACAUCAUCUUCAUUCUCAACGCAGUCGCAUUCUACUCUCGAUUCUGCUCUUGAUUCAACCAGAGCAAUAUCGCGUUCACCUUCGCCAGUAGCCUACUCUCAUCAGCCUCCUCAAUCUCAACCCCCUUCCCAUUCGCCUCCUUCGGAUUCACAGGAUCCGUCGUCAUUCGUACCGCCUUCAGAUUCUAAAUCAUCGGAUUCGACUCACUCAAAGUUGGCCCAGGCAGUCAAAGUGGAUCAGGAGGACGAAGAAUGGGAUAACGAUACGAGCCAGAGAACGGGAACGGAGGAGUCAAAGGCGGAGGAAGACGUUUCGAAGUUUGCGUCAACCUCGUCCCCGGUUCUAACCCCGACGAUGAAUUUCAUACCAGGAAUGGAAGAAAAAUCGCCGUGGGCUGACUGAGUCGUGUGUGACAUACAUAGUACAUACACAUCGAGGUUCUUUUCGGUUUUCUAUGUCCAAUUUCCUUCAUGCCUACAACGGGCAUUCCUUACCGCACGAUAUCAUGUUUUCGACUACAUUUUCAAUAUGUAUACUAUACGUACAUACCCUUUCAUCGUGGUACAUAAGGAUCUAGUACAUGUUGUCAAUUGCUUGCAAUGCAACACACCUUGCCUUCAAA